AGUUUCUUUUAUGAACUGAAAAGUAUACUAAAGGGAAGCUCCAAGUAUGCAAAUGUCUUGGUUUUACUGUUCCCGCUCUUCAAAUGGCCAGUCUUUCCUCCGCUCUCACCCCAAUCCCCCACUUCCUCCCAAAGUCUGCUUCCCCACCUCAUUUGUAAACAGAAGGUGAAUGUUUAGGCUGACAGAAUCAUCGGCUUGUGACCAGGUUCCGAUAACUCCUGGAGUAGGAGCAGCAACAGCAACCGCCCCGGGCUUGGCACUGUACCCCAGGCAGCUGGAAACUAACGUGUCAAAAUGACCGAGCGUUUUGAUUGCCAUCACUGCAGUGAAUCCCUGUUUGGAAGGAAAUACAUCCUGAGAGAAGAGGAUCCCUACUGUGUGAAGUGCUUUGAGAGCCUGUACUCUAACACAUGCGAGGAGUGCAAGAAACCUAUUGGCUGUGACUGCAAGGAUCUGUCCUAUAAGGAUCGGCACUGGCAUGAGAAUUGCUUUCACUGCUUCCAAUGCAAGAACUCUCUAGUGGACAAGCCUUUCGCUGCCAAAGAUGAGCAUCUCCUUUGUACUGAAUGCUAUUCCAAUGAAUACUCUUCCAAAUGUUCAGAGUGCAAGAAGACAAUCAUGCCAGGUACUCGCAAGAUGGAAUACAGGGGUAAUAGCUGGCAUGAGACCUGCUUCAUUUGCCAUCGCUGCCAGCAGCCAAUUGGAACUAAGAGCUUCAUUCCUAAGGAUGAUCAAAACUUCUGCGUGCCAUGCUAUGAGAAGCAAUUUGCGAUGCAGUGUGUUCAAUGCAAGAAGGCUAUUACUACCGGGGGAGUCACUUAUAGAGAACAGCCUUGGCAUAAAGAAUGCUUUGUUUGCACUGAAUGCAAGAAGCAGCUGUCUGGACAACGUUUCACUUCCCGGGAUGAGGAUGCCUACUGCCUCAACUGCUUCUGUAAUUUAUAUGCCAAGAAGUGUGCUGGAUGCACCAACCCCAUCAGUGGACUUGGAGGAACAAAGUAUAUCUCUUUUGAAGAACGCCAGUGGCAUAAUGACUGCUUCAACUGCAAGAAGUGUUCUCUGUCCUUAGUUGGACGUGGUUUCCUCACUGAGAGGGAUGAUAUCCUCUGUCCAGAAUGUGGAAAAGAUAUUUGAAGCUCAAAGCAAGGGGAAAACUAUGCUUGCCAAAUACAUGCAUACAUACAUAUAUAUUUUUUUCUGAAAUAUGCCUAUGUUGUGUACUAGCUUUAAUCAUCCACAUGCAGACUUUGAGGUUUUGCAGUGGGUUUCAUAUCAAUAAAACUUCCCCCACCCCCACCCCGGAUUGGACAAAUUCAGAGGAAACAGCAAAUACUUUUUCUUCAAGUUAUAGCAGGGGGAAUGGUUCUGAAUUUCUCUAACUGAGGCAGGUCCAAGAGUUGAUAGCUAAUUGAUCAAUAUGAGCUAAUUUUCUUACUUUGAUUGAAUGAUGCAAACAGAUAGUAUGAUCUGUGCAGGAUUUGAAAAUCUUUCUAAAAUACACGGCGAAUGUUCUGGUAAGGAUGCUGUGCAUGGACUGUGUAACCACAUGCAAUACAAGGUGUAGAGCAAAUUCUUGUGGCUUAGAAUGUGUUAUAUGUCAGAACAAAACUUUGUGCCACACACAGUGUGAAAUUAUGAUUAAUCACUGAAGGCAGAAGUGUUAUGACACCUCCUGUGUUGCAUAACUAGGUGAUUGAUUGUAUCAGUGUUAACUGAAGUUGCAUCAUGUCUUAUCUUUUUCAAAAUAAUAAAAACUAUGUCAUCCAACAA